AUCAGUUUUCAAUCGGAGCCAGGUGCAAACGGCUGCAACAUAUUUCGGGUGCGCGCUUAAGUUUUUACGUUUAAUCAUGAUUUCGACGGUGCUGCUGCUAUCGACGGCGGCUCUCAGCUGUGUCUUGGGACAGGAAGUGUUUCGAAAUGCCCAGUUCCAGUGCGGCAUACCGAAGCACGCCAAUACCCUGCUGAUUGUGAACGGUGCGGAUGCUAAGAUCAGUGAUUGGCCGUGGCAUGCUGCGGUUCGGCAGCACAGCGGAAAUCAGCCGGAGUACGUCUGUGGAGGGACGUUGAUCAGCGAGUGGUUUGUGGUGACCGCUGCUCACUGUACGCUCGGUGAGAACCCGAAUAAACUGCCGACGAUGUCGGUACAGUUGGGGGUGAAUGCUGUGGGUUCAGCGGAGGGGAAAGUCUACAAUGUGGGCAGGAUUCAUCGUCAUCAUGGCUUCGCUUUACCGGAUCUGAAGGAUGAUAUUGCGUUGCUAGAGUUGAGCAGCCCGGUAGAGUUCAACGACUUUGUUCUACCGAUUUGUACUAGCAAAAAAACUGAAACGGUUCCGGGUAAGGUAGGAGCGAUCGUGGGUUGGGGAGUUACCGAGAAUGAUAUACCGUCGACCAAGCUGAAGUUGGCGAAGCUUCCGGUGGUUGAUGAACUGGAGUGCAAGCGUCGGGAACCUGAAUUGUACGGAAGGGUGCUAACGGACAAAGUAUUCUGCGCGGGUUAUACUAACGGAACAUCUGCUUGCAACGGUGAUAGCGGGGGUGGCAUUGUUUUCGAACGUGGCGAUGCUUGGUAUUUAGGUGGAAUCACAUCGUUCACCCGGACCAGAGACGGAUCCAAUCUCUGCUUGACAACGACGUAUGCAGCGUUUACCAAAAUAACUCCCUACCUGGAUUGGAUAGCGCGGAUAACGAACAUAGAUUUCAGCGACGAAUACGGCAUCGAAAAGAUCGUUCCCUGUUCAACACCGGCGCAACCGAAUGGAGUCUGUGUUCCCGUUCAACAGUGCAGAAAUAUUUUCGACGCUCUUCGGUCGCCAUUGCUUUCCAAAAAUACCGCAGACCAACUGCGUCAAACAGUUUGCCAAUUGCGUGGAAUCCGUCGUAGUGUUUGCUGCACUCCGGACCAGGUUGAGCGAAUCCACAUUCACCGAAAUGCGAUACUCUUGCCACUGGAGUGUGGAGUCGCCAAGAGAAGUACUCCAACCUCAACUGCUGUUCCGGCUAAUGUCUUCGAAUUUCCCUGGAUAGCCCUGGUACUUUCUAGCAAGGUUACUCCGCACAAGAAGCCGUACUGUAUUGGUACUUUAAUCAAUAAUCGCUACGUGUUAACGGAGGGCAGUUGUUUGAUGGCUAAGGAAAACGCAGGCCUCGACUACGUCCGACUAGGAGAACACACGCUAGAUGUACCUAUCGAUUGUGAUAUCUACACUGACCCUCGAACCCGAAACAGCGUGGAAGAAUGCGCUGCUCCUCCACUGGACGUGAAACUGGUUCUGCCAUUUAUUUUCCAUCCACAGCAGAACAAACCAUUGCGAGCAAACGAUUUCGGUUUAGUCCGCUUGGAGCAUAGGAUUACAUUCACCGAUAACAUUCGACCGAUCUGUUUGCCUGUUCGGGAGGAUCUUCGCAACACAUUCCCGAAGGACUUCAUUCUAACAGUGAUGGAGACUACGACGAAACAGGAACUGUACAAAACCCGGUCCGAGUUCGUUGAAGCCGAGGAAUGUGACGAGCGCUACGAAGACUACAGCUACAGUCCAUGGUUAACGGAUAGGAUGUUCUGUGCUCUGGCGAAGGGUCCCAACUUUGUCUGUACGCCCCACAUGGGUGCUCCGCUUAUUUCGAUGAUCCCGCAAGGCGGCACGGUUCGAGCGGUGAUGUACGGUAUGGCGAUGUGGAACCCGAGCAACUGUACGAUCGCGCAGACCAUUCCGAAGACCUACCAUCGGAUGCCGCUGUACGUGGACUGGAUUUUAGAGAAUAUCGCUCCGUAAGGGGUGGGUUAAUACGGGACAGGAAUUGGAAAUAAAUUGUCUCUGGGGUUUGGUUUGGGAGUCUCAUGUGCAUUGACUUUAGAAACAUAUUUUGGCGGCAAAAUUUAUAUGUUAUAUAUGUUAGAAUCUAAAAGAUCUCGUUUUAUCGCUGGUCUCGUAUUAAUUUCUGAGAUCUAUAUAUAUAUGUAGCCUUAUUCUGCAUUACGACGGAUCGCUUUUUUCGAACGAAUGUGAAUUGCACUCUCAAUAACGACAGCAAAACCAAAUGGGAACCACAUUCGUUCGAAAAUGUGCUCCCUCGUAAUGCAGAAUAAGGCUGAUAGAGUAGUCGGCAACAUGUAAAAUUUUCUGCUAAAUUACCUAUACAUGAGACCAUAGUUAGUUGUGAUUCACGUCAUCAUACCGUCACUGUUGACAAACAUCGUUCUGACGAUCAUAAAGUAUUAUUAAAAGGAAUAUCAUGCGCAUAAACGCUUAAGGAUGGAAUAGGCUUGAUUUAAAGAUACCAGGAAUAAGCUGCUAUUGCUACGUUUGACGUCUUGUGUCAUAAAUUUUUGAAUAUAAGCAAAAGGUGGACAACACAAA